UGGGGGGGCUCAGCCGAUACCGAGUCUCAACGUCACACGAACUCGGUUCGUUCUUUCCUGUACCACUAGUAUUUUUUUCGUGUUUCUGCGCCCCCCACAGCCUCCACACGCUUUCCCCCAAAUCGCCGCCGCCAUGGAGAAGGAGAAGAAGCUGUCCUUCUCCAUCCCUUCCAAGCUCAGGCCGCCCAAGCCGCCCCGCCCCGCCGCCGGCGCUGAUUCCUCCGCCGCCAGCGGCAACUCCGCUUCCGCGGCCGCUGCCCCCGCCCAGCAAUUCGUCACCGAGUUCGAUCCGUCGCAAACCCUAGCCGCCGGCGCCGCGUCCGCCGUCAUCGCGCCCCUCCCCAACUCCGGCCACUUCCUCAACCACCGCUCCCGCAAACCCUCCUCCCUCCCGACCCCCGAGGAGGAGGCCGCGCUUGCCGCCUCCACCGCCGGUGGCCCCACAUUCGUGCUCGACACCUCCGAGGCCCCCGACAACCCCUCCUCCCACAUAGGCUAUGGCCUCACCCGACGCGGCGCCGACGCCGACGCUGAGGCUGACGCCACGGAGCCGGGUAAGACGCAGUCUUCCAAGGAAUCAGAGAAGAAGUCGACCUCUCCAGCCAGAGAUGGCGGCUCCAGCGGUGACCUUAUGCUGCGACGGUACAAGGAAGACAUGGCCAGCCUCCCGGACCACCGUGGUAUAGACGAGUUUGAGGAGGUGCCUGUGGAGGGCUUCGGUGCUGCUCUCCUUGCUGGUUACGGCUGGUCGGAAGGCAAAGGGCUCGGCCGCAAUAACAAGGAAGAUACCAAGGUUGUUGAGUAUAACCGCCGUGCCGGUACGCUGGGAUUAGGCUACGACCCUUCUGAGGCAGAUCCUAAGAAGACUCGCUCCGGCGACUGGGUUAUUGGUGGAAAGAAGCCGACAGAGAAUGGUGGAAAGAAGUCCGCCGAGAAUGGAAAUGCAAAGAAGAGAGAUAGGGACAAGGAAGACAGAGUCCGGGAGAGGGAUUCAAGUUCCCGACAGAAGAGAUCUGGUGAUCUUAGGGCCGAGAGGGAGGUUCGAGAGAAAGAGAGAAAAUCUCGGGAUAGUCGAGAAGAAAAGAGUAGCCGCGAUGUUGGUAACAAAGUGCGCUGGUUACAGAGCAAUAUUAGGGUUAGAGUGGUUAAUGAGAGGUUCAGCAGAAGGUUGUACCUGCAGAAGGCAAAAAUUGUUGAUGUGGUUGGACCAACGACAUGUGACAUAAUGAUGGAUGAUGGGUCAGAGCUUGUGCAGGGGGUGGAGCAGGAUAUGCUUGAAACAGUCCUGCCACGGACAAACGGGCAAGUGCUUGUGCUCUGUGGGAAGCACAAGGGGGUGUAUGGGCAUCUGGUAGAGAAGAAUUCAGAGGCAGAGACUGCAGUAGUGGAGGAUGCCGAUACAAAAGACAUGGUGCGUGUGAAAUAUGAUCAGAUUGCAGAGUACGUUGGGGACCCAGAAUUGCUUGGGCAUUGAUUAUUUCUUCUUGAGGAGGGGACAUCUGUUUUCCAGGAGCUCUUCUAAUGUGCGGUAUUACGCACUGUCUCUCUAAUUUUGCUGGCAGCCGCAUGCCCUGGAUUGGUUGCACACUCGUGCUCAUCUAUCGUAUCACACAUGUCAAUCCUUCCACAUGUCAAUGUUAAUUAUAUGCUCUGUUCGUAGAUGAUUCGAUAGACAGUACAAAAAAUUUCAUUGUAGGUUUGGAAUAUUUUGGGAUGUGAACAAGUUGCAAAGCUCAAUUCUCCAUAUGAGAUCAAGAAAUAAUAGAUAUUUAUUUUAUCUCAGUUUCAUUGAAGAAUGAAACAGUCAUAUUGGCUUUUGUGUUUAGGUGUUAUUUUUUAUCUAUAUGGCAUAAGGCUUGUGUGGAUUUACUUAUGGAACUGCAAUUUGUGUUGUCUUAUUCGGCAUAUGCUAACCAAUCAAUGGUAUCUUUCUAAAGACCUAGGUAAAUACUCUUAGCAAAGAGGCUGCUAUUGAUGCCUUCAAAAGGGAUAGUGAUAGAUCUAAGAGAGUGGUGAGGAGAGCCGCGCGGAACACUUAAAUACAUUUCUGGCUUCCUUCAAAAUACAACUAGGCUCUGCUUUAUAGAGGACUUCUAAAGGAUGGCUUGAAAAGGGAUGGAUGCAAGGAUGGUGAAGAUUUGGUAAUAGACGGUCUUCUCCCAGUUUUAUGCAAAUUAACUGGGCAAUUCUCUUGUGCUUAACUAAUAGGUAGAGGCAAAUCUUUUGCCUCCGUUUCGAAAAAAAGAAAGAUUCGAUAAUAGGGGGAUGGGAGAAGGAGCCGGGAGGAACGAUUAGAUACAUCCUUGUUUCCUUAAAAAUACAACUAAGCUCUGCUUUAUAAAGAGGACUUCUAACCGAUAUUAGAGAACUCUCUGUAGUAUAAGAUGCAAACAUUAUUAUGAAAGGAUACCAACAAAACAAACAGUAUACAACUAAAAGAUACUACCUCCUUUCCAGUUAAAAGGCCUACCCGUUUCUCUAGGUUGACAAUUUUUCCAACCUAACACGAGUCAUAGAUCGUCAAUAUAUACCAUUAGAAACUUCAAAUGUUAUAAUUUCCCAUGUUAUAAUUUUUGUGAUAUACAAUUUGCAUCGCAUUGGUUGAAUUGGCAAGCCCAAACUUGGAUGUGAAUAGUGAUGCAUAAACAACCUUCAUCUACAGUAUAUUUCAGUGGGCCUCUUCACAUAGCAUGAUUACAGUUUUGGGUAAUGUUCCUGCUCACCAGUUUUGCAUAAUAGCAAACUGUACCAUAGGCCAGAGUCAUGUUCGCUUCUAGUUUAUGGAUUACCUUCAAGAUUUGUCGUCUUCAUCAUUUUAUAAAAUAGAUUAGUGUGUCACGCAAACAUGAUUUUUUUAAUCGAAUAUUGUUGAACCGGUAUGGGCCCAAGCCCAUCUACUUAUCACUUAGGGCCCAAGCCCAUGUGGAGGUGCUGACCUAGAAAGGGGCAUCCAGCCCUCCCGUUCCCAGAAGAGCCGCCAUACACGAGAGAGACCUCACGCAGGACACAAGGCACCAUGAGCUCUCCUGUCUGAAGGUACUUCACCUCUCGUACAACAUGGUAUCAGAGGCCAGCGACGGCGGGGCCUAAGGAGACGGCGGCGACGUCCGGCGAGGCGGCGGCGGAUCUGGGCGGCGUCCGGCGAGGCGGCGGCGGAUCUGGGAGGCGCGGCGUGGCUGUGCAGGAGGUGCUCUGCGUGGCAGAGGAAGAAGGAGAGGUGGAGCUGCUGUGCUGCGCGGCAGGAGGAGGCAGCUGAGGAGCGGCUUGGUCUCCUCGAGAGUGGGCUGUGCUGCUGUGCGUGUGUGCAGGGGACGGGAGCUGGAGAGCUGCUGCGGGGGUUGGCUGUUGUUGGAGGCCAAGGUUCUCUGGAACUGCUGCUGUUUGCAGAGGAAGGAGAAGAGGUUGUUGUUGCUGCUGGAGCUGCUGCUGGGCAUCUGAGUUGCUGGGUGCUGCUGCUAGCCAGGGGGUGUGAGUUGCUGCCGAUUGCUGAAGGUGAAGGGGGCAACUCUGCUGUUGUUGUCGCUGGGUGCUGCUGCUAGCCUGGGGGGAGAAAAGGGACCGUGCAGGGGACAGUGCAGCUGUAGGGCUGUGUUGCUGAGGGUUGUUGUUGAUUACCGGAUCGGAGAUGAGUAAACCAACUGGUCUUGCUGAGGCUUUCGAGAAGCUUGCUAAGAUCCUCGCUGAGUCCAACUCUGGGGCCAUUGUUCCUCGACAGGAAGUGGCUCAGAAGCUCUAAAUGUCACCCCUGGACAUGAAGCUGGAGGGGGCCACAAAUUAUUUGAGUUGGUCCAGGAGGGCAUUGCUGGCUGUGGAACAGAAGGAACUAGAUGGGCACUUAUUGGGUGCGGUUGAUGAACCAGGAGACAAGACUACCGCGGAGGGAAAGAGGUGGAAGGUCAUAAACUCCGUGCACGUUGGCUGGUUGUUGAACUCAGUGGUGCCCCCCAUUGGAAGCUCUGUGGAGGGACUAUCCACGUCCGCCAAGAUAUGGAAGACUUUAUCCACCAAAUACUCAGGCAAGGGUAAUUUCAUGCUAAUUGCUCAGAUUGAGGGGAAGAUCAGUCGGCUGCACCAAGGUGACGACAUGGCAUAUGUGGCAGAACUGCAGGCUUUGUGGGCGGAGCAGGAUAACUGCGAUCCUCUGGAACUCUAUGAUGCCGCUUGCAUCGAGUCAGGGCGCAAGUGGAUUGCAACUGUUGAAACUGUUGGAAGGGCUCAAAGGUUGCUUUCAUGGAAGGGGGGCAUCCCUGUUACACCAACCUCUCCUGCCAACUAUUGAGGAGACUAUUGCAACAAUGUCUCAAGAGGAGGUGAGGCUAUCUCUUGAUCAUGGAGUGGGGAGAUCCCAUGGUAACAUGAAGGCUAUUGCAACAUGGAGUGGGGAGAUCCCAUGGUAACAUGGAGUGGGGAGACUAUUGCAACUAUUGUAACAUGAAGGCUGUGCCGGCUUCGACAUUUGCUGUCACUGAGCGCAUGGAGUGGGGAGAUCCCAACAAAUGUCAUGUUUGUGGGGAGAUAGGUCACUGGAAGAGGGAAUGUCCAACUCGUGGCAGAGGCAGGGGAUACAACAGAGGGUGGACUGGCAGAGGUAGGCAUGCUAGAGGCAGAGGUGGAUACCUAGGGAACUCGGGGCAACUUUCUAGGGGCAGAGGUGGCUACUCAGGAAACUCAGGGGGGCAGAGGGUACAUAUGGUAGUUGAAGGGGACACCGGGACGUCAAAGGGCAAGGAAGUUGACGAGGCUGCCUAUGGAGACUUUGCUCAUUGGGCCUCCACUGAUGAAGGUGCGACAAACGAGCCAGAUGGUUGGGACUGGCACCAGGCGUAGGGGGCUUUGGUACAUGGACCAGGAGGUGCAGGAGGUGCAGCCAGACUUGGUGUGUGCUGUGACCACGGAGGACAAGGAGAAGUAGGCGAUGAUCCAUCACUGUAGGAUGGGGCAUGUAUCUUUUGAUAAGAUGAGUAGAAUAUUUCCAGAUCUUAUGUGUGGAAUAGGCAAGGGCAAGUUGACAUGUGAUGCUUGCGAAUAUGCAAAACACACACGAGCCUCAUAUGUGAGUAAGGGGCUUAGGAGCAUAUCUCCUUUUAUGCUUAUUCAUUCGGAUGUAUGGACGAGCCCGGUAGUGUCAAUGAAUGGAAAGAAGUAUUUUGCUACCUUUA